CUUGGCAUCCUCCAGCUGACAUCCACUCCCAGCAUCCGCACCUCCGACUUCGGCUGACUUCAGCCGGCGGAACGGCAAGAGCGUCAUCGCCUCGGCCCCUCACUUCAUCUCGAUAAGCGAAGUCUGGACUUUUGAGCCUUGACGCUCCUCGACGUGUUUGUCGCCCACUGCAUGUUUGAUCCAGAAGUGACACGCAGAGUAUCAAGCCAGCAGAAUGUCAUUUACUCGCUCAUACACCCCCGAAUGGCUCGUCGAGAUCUACGCGCGAGCCUCUCGCAACAAGUCUACCUUCUUCCUGGGUGUCUUGUCCGGUCUCACACUCUCGCUAGCCUCGCUCUCUACAGCUCUCAUAGCUUCGCAGCUGCGGGAUGCACGGAGAAGGGAGAUCCAAAGGAGGUUGAGACUUGCUGCUGCGAGGAGGGAGAGGGGUGCAAACGCCGGUCAAAGGUCGAAGAGACGACGGAGAAGGAGAAGAUCGGCAAGUGGCUUACAAUCUGAUGAGUGGGAGCAGGAAGAUACUGGCAGCUCUGGGUAUAGCAACGAGAGCAGCAAUGAAAGCGACGACAGCGAAGAGGAUGACAGUCGUGACAGCUGGGUGGACAUUGAGGUGAAGAAUGGACACGUGGUCAGAGGUGUGGAAGGUCUGAUAGGAAACACGCCCUUGAUGCGCAUCAAUUCUCUUUCCGAACUGACGGGCUGCGAAAUCUUGGGCAAGGCCGAAUUUCUGAACCCUGGCGGCUCGCCCAAGGAUCGGGUAGCGCUUCAAAUUCUUCAAGAUGCCGAGGCGGCCAGGCUAUUACACCCACAUACGGGCAGCUGCAUUUUUGAAGGGACAGUAGGCUCGACAGGAAUUUCGCUAGCCACUUUGGCAAAAGCCAAGGGAUACAGAUGUAGCAUCGUCAUGCCUGACGACGUCGCCCUCGAAAAAAGACAGCUAUUGAAGUGCUUGGGAGCUGAAAUCACGUUGGUCAGACCUAGAGGCAUUGCGGAUCCUAAGCACUUUGUCAACGAGGCUAGGAAGCUAGCCAAGGCAUUUGGCAUGACGAGCAUCAAGGGCGAUGCUGCGGAGAAUCGGUCGAGCCGCAAAGAACAAGAUCUAGUCGUAUCUUCGAAAGCCAAAGGCGGUGCGUCUGAAGACCCGGACGCACUAGAAGAACGACCGAGGGGUUUCUUCGCAGAUCAGUUUGAGUCGGAAUCCAAUUAUCGCGCGCACUACCGCGGAACUGGACCAGAAAUUUGGAGGCAGACCGGCGGCUUCGUGUCUGCGUUCGUCUGCGGAGCAGGGACUGGCGGAACGCUUUCGGGUGUGUCCACAUACCUGAAGCGGCGCGACGCCAAAGUCCGAAUAGUGCUAGCCGAUCCUCAAGGCUCUUCACUGUUCAACAGAGUCAAGUACGGCGUUCUUUAUAGUUCGACAGAAGCUGAAGGGACCAGACGACGUCACCAAGUGGAUACAGUAGUAGAAGGCAUCGGUCUGAAUCGACUGACUCGCAACUUCUCGCACGGCCUGAACGACGAUGCUGUAGACGAUGCCGAAAGGGUAACCGACCAGGAAGCUGUGAAGAUGAGCAGAUUUAUCGCUAGGCACGAUGGCUUGUUCCUCGGCAGCUCUAGUGCUGUCAAUCUUGUCGCUGCGGUCAGGACGGCAGUCAAGCUCAAACAGCAGACGAAGCAUCAGCAAGAUCACUCCUCUUCAUCUUUCAGUGCAAGGCUUACAUUCGCCUUUCCAAUGCUAGGCAGUGGAAGUACGACCGCGCAGAGCCCAGGGGCAUCUCACACGUAUCAGGGCAGCUCACAGUCGUACGACUACAACUCCAGCAUCUACGCUCCCGAAGAGGGAGAAGGACAAAGAGCUGGACUUGCGCAAAAUGCCCCAGUGGUGGUUACGAUCCUGUGCGAUAGCGGAUCCAGGCAUCUGAGUCGCUUUUGGAACGACGAAGCCCUCCGAGAACUGGGACUGAAUCCGGAGGAUGAAGACAUUGCAGAGAUGCUUCAAACGGGCACCACGUCGCCCCUCUGA